AUGUCGACACGGAAGAAGUCAAGGGAGCAGCAUUUAUCUGUUUCGGCUACAGAGGAGAAUGGGGCUGUACAGGCGAUCCAUGCCGACACGCUGCUGCCUGCCGUUCGAAACCUAAGUCUUCAUUGCAAAGAAAUUGCUUUUCGUCCUGCGCAUAGUCGGCUCGUUAACCUCAAUUGCUUGCGACCACAUGGUGCUCUGCAGGAAAGUGAACUCCGUGGCCAGAAGAACUCGUCCAAGGUUCCAGAAACGCUCUUGAAUGACAUCGUGGCAAUGGUCAAUGAUUCCCAGAGACUUCUUCGCCGGAGUCCGGACUUCCAUCUUGGAGCGAAUUCUACGGAGGCUGAGGAGUUAUUACGUGCCAAUGCUUUUCGGCUCAAGUGGCUCGGCACUGUAGCGAAAACCUGCGACAGUGCGGUGGCGUAUCCAUUUACUGAAUUUUGCUUCAUAGGUCCUCUGCCCCAAAAUUGGUCAAACGCCACUCUCCCAGCUGACGAAGGAGGCCAGAGAUGUAUUCGAACGGCUGAGACUAUACAACGUAUCCUGCGGGUUUUCGCUACCGCCUCCAACAGUAGUCAAUGUCAGCUGCAACAACUUCUCUUUCACGUUGUGCGAAACGAAAGAAGUUCCGUGGAGGGGUUGGUGUCGGUCAACUACAACAGCCGGCAUAUUACCGUUUGCUGUGGGCUCUACUAUUAUCGCGUGGAUGUGCUGGAUACGGAUGGAUUUAUCGUUGAUGUAGAGACUCUUGCAGAACGUCUGCGGACGGUUCGGGAGCACGCAAACCGCACCGAAACGACACUUUUUGAUCACAAACUGUUACUCGACGCCCGAGAGGACUUGAACACGUUCUACCAGCUUCUGGGUAGCCUCACAGAGAUUGAUCGCACGGAAUGCGCUGCGGUCUUGGAACGACUGAAGAACACCGAUCCUGCCAAUGCGGCUUCUCUCACUUACAUUGACACUGGGAUUUUUACAGUGGUUCUCCAAAGUCUGGGCAAUGAGGUCGCUUCAGCUCGAUGGUACCGAAGUGCCCUUGUACUUGAGGAGAGGAAGGAGACGGGUGUGCUGGCGAUGCGUGGACACUCCAUUUUGAUCCACGGUGAUGAUCUUAUGGACUUCCUCAUGCAAGUCCUUUCCUGGGACAAUGCGUCUCACGGAUUAAGCAAGAGCGGGGGUGAAUCCUUCGGCACAGGGCAAGCUCCUACUAGUGAUGGCAUCCUGCCACCAGGUGUGGAGCACUUGGAUUUAUGGCUGCAGUGGAAGCACCGUAAACCUAUGCGACCCUACGCGGUGGUCAAACUCUCCCCACCUGUGUUUCCGCUUUCUAUUCCACAGGAGACGGAUAUCUCUUUUGUAUAUAUUUGCAUGUCCGCUGUUCUCGCGGUGCAACAGGUUUUAACAUGCUGUACAGAAUUUCCGACAGUUUUAGUGGCUUUUCCGAACCAGAGGGGAGGUCUUUCGGCGGCGUUGAUGUAUUCGUACGAAAUUGAGGCCUUUAUUCGUUCCCUGCGCUGUGGAUCUGUACUGGUGGAGCGGCAUACCAAAACGCAUUUAGCUCUUAAGGCUUUACAGAGCCUGGCUGAAAUCAUUGAUGACUGUUUUCAUGAAACCUACCCCAUCUAUUCCUUGGCGAAGUUGCUCCUUGCGGAGGGAAAGGCCACUACAACAGAAGCUUGCAUGGAUAACGCCAUUUUGGGCACGGUGGAUCUUCAUGUUACAGUUGGUAUGCUGGGCUCAGGCAAGAAGGUGUUGGGUUGUGAAACAUGUCUGCUCUUGCCUUCACGGUUUUCGCUCACCUGUGGUGCAGUGGGAUCUAUUUCACGGGAGUCACCUUUGCAAGGACCCUCAGGUGCCACUUUGACGUGUGCCUCGCUGAGGGUAGCUGAAACCGAUGAGGAUUCCACUAUGGGGGCACAACUAGCGGCAUGCAUUACGGAGAAGACUCACGAGUUGCUGUCGCUAGUUCCCAAUGUAAACCCAAACUAG